CCGUACUAUCUCAGCCAGAACAAGGGGCAGCUGCAGCUUUAUUAUGCUCACGCGCCUCCCCAGAGAAGGGACUCUCCAGCUGAAAAGUCCGGAGGCCGUCCCUUACCAGCCACCCCGCCCCUCCGUGGGAGCCCGGCUGGGUGGGUGGGACUUUCUCCGAGGGAGCGGCUCCAGCAGCGGAAGUGCGGAGGCGGCCAACGGUGCUUUUCGCCCUGCCGCGGUUUGUUGUGGUUCGGGGUGAGGAAAAUGGGGCCGGCGGAGCUCCUGGUCGCCCUGGCGGUCUUGCCGUGGGCCUUCCGCGGCGGGUCUGGCGCGCUGGCACUGCCGGAGAAAGUGCCUUCACCAAGCAAUAUUGUCAUAGAUUCAUAUAAUUUCAACACCUCUGUUCGGUGGGAUUACAAAAGUGUGUCUUCAAAGACUCUCUUUACUGUGAGCAUCCGGUGCUAUGGGUAUGGUGACGUGGAAGUUGAUAACUGUGUAAACAUAACACAACACUAUUGUGAUAUCACCCACAAGGUUGAUGAGUCAUGUGAUACAUUCUGGGUGAAGGUUAAAGCUCUUAAUGGACUGCAUGAAUCUGACUAUACAUAUUCAGACCGAUAUCAUGUGUUCGAGAAUGGCCGAAUAGCACCACCAAAAUUUAAUAUCUACAUUGAGAAUCAUGAAAUAAUAGUUGAUACUGAAGUUCCUCUCACUCCAUAUGGCAAGAAGUUCCCACUUACUUUAAGGGCAAACAUCACAGACUUCACCUCCAGAGUGUUCCUUUGGGAAAAAGGACACCCGAAAAAGCGUCAAAAAUUUGAGGCAGAGGACACAUCAUGUAGUGACACAUCAUGUACCAUAUCUAUUCAAGUUCCUCCUUCGGAAAGCUUGUAUUGUGUUUCAGUUCAAGGAUUUUCAGACGAGUUUGCCAUUCAGAGUGAAGAAUCUGAAGAGAGGUGUAUUGACAUUCCUCCUAAACACCCAUCAGAUUUAACAGUGCCUAUAACUGUAGGUGUUCUUGGAUUUCUUCUUGGAUUGGGGGGAAUCCUUGCAGGAAUCUACAGAUGGUUCAGUAAAAAACAGAGAACAAUUAAACUUCCUAAGUCUCUGGCUGCUGUGGUAAGAAACAUGAACCCAGUCAACUUUGACCCCAGACCAGAAGGCAGACAUGCUGUUCUUGUAACUGAACCAGACAUUAAGUCAGAGUCGGAUCCCUCAGGAGAGACCACUGGCCUCAGUGACUCUGACCAAGAAGCAGAUACACUUCACUCUCAGAGAACUUCAAGUCUCCAUGAAGGCAUUAUUGUGGAAAUCUCUGAAGGUGAACAAAGCGCCGAAGGGAAUGGAAAUUAUUUUAGAGACGUCAGUGGCCAAGAAGAGAUGUGUAGCUGUGUUCCAAAUCUGGAUCUUCCCAAUGCAGAUGUGGAACAACCCACACUCCCAGAUAGCUGCAGAAACAUUUCUGGUUAUGACAGGCGUUGGCUUCCUCCUGGUGUGGAAGAAUGGCUGCAAACACAGAGUUCCAGUGACACACCAGAAGCCUAAGAGGUCUGUUUCUCAAUCUGAGAACAUUGAAAAAGAGAAAGAGAAGCAAUUACUUUUGACUGUCACAAAUAUCCAUUGUAAAGGUUUAUAAGCACGUAGGCUUAUCUGAAGUAUUCUGCUAUGAAUUUGAAGAAUUGUAGAGUUGGAAGGAAGCCUGAGGGUCAACUGGUCCAACACCCUGCAAUGCAAGAAUCAUAAUCUUUUGCUACCCCCACUGUGGGAAGCAAUAGGCUUUUUUGAAUACUGGCUGCAGGAAACCUCAGGAUGUGAAAUGCGGCUGUGUUUCAGGCCCUGGUUGUGUGCUUCCUGUAGGCAUCUGCUUGGCCAACUAACUGUGAGAACAGCAUUCAGACCUAGAUGGAUCACUUGCUGCAAUUUUUUACUUCUCAUAAUAUAUGUCUUUAUGAUGUGAAAUUUGAAACUAUGAUUUCCCAAUCCUACAAAAGGUAUGUUGCAAGCUAACACUCACAUAUUUAAGAGUAAGCCACACUGAAUCAUCUUUUAUGAUGUGAAAUUUGAAACUAUGAUUUCCCAAUCCUACAAAAGGUAUGUUGCAAGCUAACACUCACAUAUUUAAGAGUAAGCCACACUGAAUCUCUUACUUCAAAGACCUGACAGUUUUAUUAUAACCAAAGACUUAGUUUAACUCUACAGCUACACACACACUUCUAGAGAAGGGCUUCAGCUAACUUUUCUAAUAAUAGCUAUAUAGAUACAGUUAAAUAAGUUUCCAUAAAUAUCCUCAAGCAUUAAUUUGUACCCGCCGCACCAACAUGCUUGGGCCUUGGUCUGUGGUCAACUGAUUUUAAUGCCCCUCUAUCUGGAUACCUUCCCCUAACUCUGUAGAGAAGAUCUUUUCUGGUCUAGUGUAGUUUGCGCUUCCUUUUCUUUGGACUGAGAGUUGGAACUGAUAAAAACUCUCUUCGCCACAUAGAUGGGUGCAAAUACAGGUCACAUCCCUUGUGACUUCAAAGCCUGUGAGCUACAGCCAUGUAUAAAAUGAAGUGUGUGUGAAUUGAUAGAAAUUACACCCCCCUUGUUUGUUCUCAGGUACCAUGUUCACUUCUGAAAGGCAUUAUUAUGAGCAAUAGGUUCACAUUAAUGCAUCUCCCCAAACUGCAUUUUCAUUUCACCCACUGGCAGGGCAGCGUUUAAAAAUCUGAUACUCAUAACAGGACACAGCUCACUUGGAAGUGGGGGGGGGGACCUAA